UCGGGGUUUCCAUUUCUCUCUCAUUUUUCUCCUUUUCUUUCUACUGCCCUUUUAUCUCUUUUGGUGCCCUUCUUCACAUUCAAGCACUUCUAAAAGUGGGUUCAGUUCUUAACCAAGAGUAGAAUACAUAGAGAGAGAGAGAGAGGAGAGAGAAAUGGGAAGAGGGAGAGUAGACCUGAAGAGGAUAGAGAACAAAAUAAACAGGCAAGUCACAUUUGCGAAGAGAAGAAAUGGGCUUUUCAAGAAGGCUUAUGAGCUCUCAGUUCUCUGUGAUGCUGAGGUUGCUCUCAUAGUCUUUUCCAAUCGUGGCAAGCUCUAUGAGUUCUGUAGCGGCUCUAGCAUGGCAAAAACACUUGAAAGGUACCAAAGGUGUAGCUAUGAUUUGUUGGAUCCCAGGCAACCUGCCAUUGAGAACCAGAACAACUACCAUGAAUAUCUGAGGCUUAAGGCAAGAGUUGAGAUCCUACAACAAUCCCAGAGAAACCUUCUUGGGGAAGAUUUGGGACCAUUAAACACAAAGGAGCUUGAUCAGCUUGAGUACCAGUUGGAGAACUCCUUGAAAAAAAUCAGAUCAACAAAGACUCAAUUUAUGCUUGAUCAACUUGCUGACCUUCAGAGGAGGGAACAAAUGCUUGCUGAAUCUAACAAAGCCUUAAGAAGGAAGUUGGAGGAAACUACUGCAGAAAAUCCUCUUCAAUUAUCAUGGGAGGCUGGCGGACAGACCAUGCAUUACAACCGAUUUCCCGCCCAGUCCGAGGGAUUUUUUCAGCCUUUGGGGCUCAAUUCGACGCUGCAAAUGGGAUACAACCCUAUGGGUACAGAUGAGAUGAAUGCAGCAGCCCCUACCCAAAUUGCCAAUGGCUUCAUUCCCGGGUGGAUGCUUUAAUGGAAAAUUUGACAUUUCCUCUUGGGACUAUCUACAAGAUAACAAUUUCCUUUUCUUUUUGAUGGUUAUGAUGAUCUGUAUUGAGCAAAUUGUAGUUAUUGCUGAAAACAAUAAGUCAAUUUAAGUUUGUUAUCAAGGAAGACAGUGACAAUUCGAUCCCAAGGAACAUGGCACACCAUUAGCCAUGAGAUGUAUGGUUUGUAAUUAUAUGGAAUUGUAACAUACUGGAUUGUCUAAGAAAGCAUGGUAGUAACCAUUAGUUAGCAUGUGAGACUGGUUUUCUUGCUUUGUAUUGCAAAUA